AUGCUGGCUGCUNGUAUCUAUCAACUGGAAGAUUAGUCAUAAAAGAGGGACAUCCAGAUGAAAAUGCAUAUGUUAAGAAAAACAAUAAAGAAUGGAUUAGAUAUGUGCCAUAUAAAGAAAUCCCUAUGAUUAUUGAUCCUGAAAAAGGAUACAUUGUGGUUGCAAAUAAUAAAUUUAUUCCUGAUAAUGAAUUAAGUUGGAAUUCACAACCAACAAGUAGAGGAAGAAGAAUCAAUGAUUUGAUUAAUCAAAAGAUUACUAAAGGAGAGAAGUUUUCUAUUUUAGAUCAUAUAAACCUUUAAUCAGACACUUAUGAUAGUUAUGCUUGUAAUACUAAAAAUGAAUUAAUUUCAUUGCUUAGAGAAUAUGAUAAAAAGAAAGAAUUAUCAAAUGAAAUCCUGAUAUUAGAAAAUUGGUCAUGUAAGUGGGACUCAGAUUCUUCAGGUGCCUUAUUAUAUGGAGUAUUUGAAUAUUUUUAUUCAUUCAAAUUUCACUCCCAAUUAGACUAAGCUGUAAUCAAAUAAUGGAAUAAUUUUUACAUUUUUGAUUCAUUCCAUUUUAAAAAUCUAAUUGACAUGUAUCUUGCAUAGCCUAAUGACUAAAUUUUGAAUUAGCCAUAUUGCAAUGGUUCAGGUCAAGAUAAAUGUGCUUAAAAUUUGGUUGAGGCUUUAAGAGAAGCCAGAUAAUAUAUACAUGGAAAAUUUGGAAAUCAAACUACUGAUUGGAAAUGGGGAUCAUUGCAUAAUUAGUUGUUCCCUCAUGCAUUUUCAAAUACACCUUUCGGAUUUAUUUUUGAAAGAAGAAUACCUUAUCACUCAAACAGAAGAUCCGUGGCAGUGUCAUCUUAUGAACUAGAUGGAUCUUUUGAUGGAAAAACCGGAUCAAAUUAUAAAUAAAUUAUAUCUAUGGAUUCUGAAGAACCCAAUUUCUUUGUAAUUGAUACAGGAAUAAGUGGCAAUCCUUUUAGUAAAUUGUACACUAAUCAAAUGGAUAUCUGGAAAUAAAAUUAGUAUGUAAAGAUGCAGUUUGGCAAUACAACAGAUUAUGAUUUAUUGUAUGUUAUACAUCCAAAUUGA